AUGCAGGAACACCGCGCGCCAACCCGUCCUCAACCACUGUCUCUCGGGCACGUCCCUAAUGUCGGCGUGACAACGCAGUUCGGGUUUUCAACAGAAAAUCACCUAAACAGCCAGACAAAUCAUCCAGUGGCGGCUACAUCCGCUGCAAAGCAUACGAUAACACAAGUAUCCAGUACAACUGGCAAUACCCCGAGGAACAGUGAUGCAGGCGUACCAACAAAUGCCGUCCCAAAUACAAGGCCUGCGAGUAUGCCGAUGUGUACCCAAAACAAGUACCUUUCACUCCAUCGACCUUGCCAGAACAAAUCAACUACACAGAAUAUAUAUGCCGGUAUCAAUAACACGAUCGAAAUACUCGAGUCCGAGAAUGUUGGUUGCCUGAAACUCAGGAAGGGGUCUUGUGGUUUGUAG